AUGUGGAGGCGGAUCUGCGUGUACGGAUGGCAUUUGUUUGUGCUCAAUUGGACAGCGACUUGUCAACGGCUUUGUUCAUCAAAUGAAGUUCUCGUGAACGAUGUUUGUUUAAAACGGGUGAGAGUGGGUGAAGAGUGCGAGUCGAGUAAGCAAUGUCUGAGGGGUUCGUCGUGUCAUGACGGUAUUUGUGAAUGUUCGAAAGGACAUAAACUCAUCAACGGGAAAUGUGUUCGACGAACUGGGCGACCUGUGAAUACGUGCCCUAUCGUCGGGCAAAUUCCUUACGUUGAAAGAGGAACAGCAAAGAUUCGUUUCUGUUCAUCGUCGAAAAAAGUCUGUCCACGUGGAUUCAGUUGCCAGUUCAGUCUGACGGCACAACGUAAUGUUUGCUGUGGUAAUCCUCCGAAUGGACCAAUUAAAAGCUUGUUAUCAACAAAAUUACGACCAAGACAACGUAAUAGUGAAGUGUGUGACAACGGCACCGCAUAUAUUGUCAAUGGUGAACCGCAGAAAUGCAUCACAACCACGUGUCCACUCGACUACGAAUGCAAAUUCUCAGAUCGAGCCAAAAAUUACUUCUGUUGCGCUCAAAAGCGUCAAGGUGCCAACGGUUGUCCAUCUGGUGAAGCACUGCUGUUUCCAUCGACCCGAACACCAGUUCAGUGCAGUGUGCAGGGUCCUAAUACAUGUCCACUUGGUUAUAAAUGUGUUCAAAGUGUCACUGAUGGUGGUUAUCAGUGCUGUACGUCCAAUCAGUCGUAUCCUUAUUAUCAACGAGAUCUGCUUAGAAAUCGUUGGAUUAAAACAUCCCAAAACAUUGCUCCAUUUCAUUACUGUAAUAUAACGAUGCAAGCUAUUACAGCGCCCUGUCCGAGCAAUCAAGUUCAAGUGCAGCGAGUUGUGAGUGGACGUUCGGUGAAACGAUGUGAAAGCAGUUGUCCAGAAAACCAGAUUGCAGUUCAGGGUAUUUGUAGGGAUGUCACGUUGGACGAUAGCAGUGACGCUCCAACACAGCAAUCAUAG